AUUUGUGUAAUAAUAAUGAAGUCGUAUAAAAUUAAAAAAUAUAUAAUAAAAAUAAAUAUAAUAGAGGAAGCAAAAACUUACCAAGGAGGAGAAUAUAUGAUAUUUUCAAAGCAAACAUUAGUUAUAAUCAGGUAUUUGUAAGUAGGUAUAAUCUGCUAUAGAUGUCAUAUAGGCACUAAAGUUCAUAAUUUAUAUACGUAUAGUAGUUUGACUACAUGAAACACAAAUUAAAAUAUUUAAUGAAAAUAAUUUAAUUUGUUCCCUAGUUGCAUUUGUAAGAAGUUUAAAAGGGAAAUUCGACUAGAAAGAACAAACAAAUAAUUUCAGCCGGGUGGCAAAUUAGCAGUUUUCCCAACACAAAAACUAAAACAGGCAAUAUUUAACGCCAUAAACCCUUUUUGUUGAAAAACAUAGGUAAACACAUAAAAGCGUUAAGUUUACACGCGCGCUAAACUCUAAAUUCUAUAAAUUAUACGAUCAUAGGCUGGCCAAACAGUUUUCAUUUAAGAAAGGCGGUUUUCCGUACCGCCCGGCGCACAUGCCGCCCUCUCAGUUUCUCGCGGAGCGCGCUUGAUGACGCACGCGGCCAUUUUCGAACGCCCCCUCACAUCUCGUACGAAAAAAAUAAAAAUAAGGCUUAUGGUCAUUAACUUUUUUUUGCGUGUUUGAGUAGACAGUUUUGCACGGACUGCAACGUUUGUGAGCGUGAUUGUGAAGUGACUGUUAACAGGAGCUGUCAGCUGUCAAAAACGACGCGAUGGAGGCGAAGGUGAAGGAGGAGGUCCCUGACAAGGACUACCAGCCCUCCACCACCGAGAGGAGGAAACCACCGGCAGGCAAGGAGCACCGCUCACCAGAACAGGAAGAAAGCCGCUCAUCCCCCACUCCGGGGCCCCCCAGUCCUCAGAACAACGGCACAACAGCUCUAUCCUCCACGGAAUCCCUCUCCCCACCGCUGGGCGAAGCGCGAGCGCCGGCGUUACUUCGUCUACGGCGUUUUUUGUCGGCGUUACUGCAGUUCGCCAGUGACGUCGGCGCCGACACCGCCGAGCGCGUUAAACACCUCAUAUACAACCUCGCGUCUGGCACGAUUACAAUCGAGGAGUUCCAAACAGGCGUGCAAGAGUGCACAAACUACCCUCUCCGGGCUUCCGUUCCAGGGUUUCUUCGUGCCCUACUACCAGCAGCUCAGAGAGACCUGCACGCCAGGGCCAGGAGGGCUAAACAGACACCCCUGCAGUACGUGCGCGCGCACGAGCACCUGAUCCUGGAGUCGGGCGGCGACGGCGGCGACAUCUUCGCUCAGCCUGGCGACUCGCUCAAGCGACGCGCCAGCGACCCGUUCUACGAACAAACCAACGGAUCAGAAGACUUCCCCCCGCACGCGAAGCGCCCUCCCCCCUCCAGCCUAUUCCUCAAUCCCUCCCCCUUCUUAUAUCCCCUCCCGAGCAAUGCCAGCCUGUUCGACUACGGUCAUUACCAGGGUUACCAUGGAGGGCAAGAAGGUGGUUUUGAGAGGAGAGAUGGCGGCAUCUCCGUCCGCGACGUGUCCUCAAUGAACGCGUCGUUCCCUGAGCGACUCAACCCGUCGCUGCUCAAGUCUGACGACGAGUGGAAGAACAUCAACACGAUGCUCAACUGCAUACUUAGUAUGGUCGAGAAAACGAAGCGGGCUCUGGCUAUACUGCAGCAGAGAGGAGUGGAGCCUACAGAAAGCAAUGAUAUCAAACGAGCGGCCAGUGAGAUCAUGGCACAAGCCGUCAGGCAGACAGAGGAGAGGGUGGCCGAAGUACGGCGACGGGCAGAGGAUGCUGUGAACCAGGUGAAGCGACAAGCGUUGGUGGAGCUCCAAAGAGCGGUAGGAGCGGCGGAAGCACGAGCUCUAGAGCUGGUGGCCAGUGAGCGCAAGGAGCGCCGCAGCCCCGCGCCUGCGCCCAGCCCGCCGCAGCAGAACUGCUGCUGGAACUGCGGUCGCAAAGCACAGGAGACCUGUUCAGGGUGCAACUCAGCGCGGUACUGCGGGGCCUUCUGCCAACAUAAGGACUGGGAGAGUCACCACCAGGUCUGCGCCGGCCGCGACCAAAAGCCCACCGCACUCCGCACCUCACCACCAGCCACGCAGCCCACUCUCCCCAACAUGCCCACACUGCCCACGCUCCCCACUCUGCCCAGCCUGCCCAAGCCCACACGGGCCCCGACCCCGGACAACCGGCUAUCCCUAACUACCCUUAACUCUGCAGAGCGACUCCAUACGAAUCAGGAUAGAAGCCUAACUUCCACAAGUAAUGAUAGGAUUGCGCUUGCAACGUUGUCUACUGCACAGGGCAUUAUAUCGAGCAUUGGGAAGAAAUGACGGCUUAAUAAGGAGGUCAAAAUGCCGAGAAAGGUUAGGAGGUAAAUUGAUGUAUACGGGUUCUUGAAGUCUUUUAAAUUAAAGGAUUAAUUGAAGAGUUCAUUGCUUCGGCCAAGAUUCGAAGUGACGACCUUUCGGAACACCAGUCUGAUCGCUCUAACCAACUGAGCUGCCGAUGUCGGAGCUUACCAGACCCAAGAGAAUUUUGCAAUCCUUGUUUUUUUACUGAGUAAAGGGGGAAAGGUUAAAAACGUUUUGUAAGAUAUUUCAUUGGCAUAUAAACACACUUUGUUCAUGGUAAGUCGCUGUAUGGUAUCAGUUAUACGAUUGUAUGGUUUAGUUAGGGUAGUUUGUUUGCCCCCUUUUUUGAUACUACCCCCUUGAAUGGUAAACUAUUUCGCUAUCCUAGGAACCGCGGAAAAUACAAAUGUAGGUAAUGUUCGAUUGGAUCUUUUUCGAAUCACACUUUUCAGAAUAUAUUGUAAUUGAAAUGAUGUAAUGUAUAUAAAAAUAUUGUAACUUCACUGGUCUUGGCUGUUUAUGAACAUAUCUAUCUCUAAUAUAUUUGUAAAUAAGGGUUAAGAUAUAAUUUAAUUACCUACUGCUAGUUUUCACCAAUUUGUAAAGAUAUUUUAAUUUUCUUACUUCCCGUUAAGUGUUUAAAAAAGUACCUAAUAUUUUUUACAUUAGUGAAAAAUGUAUUUAGAAUUACAUAUAUUUAGGUUUAUUUGUUGAAUUUUUUUGUAUGAAUUUAUCUGCUAAUAAUUAAAAAUAAUAUUUAUUUUAUAUUUUUAACCAAAGAACGUUAAUUGUGAUUAAAUGAUUAAUUUUAAUGGGGUUGGCCGGUCGAAGUAUUAAACAGAUGGCGCCAUCAUAGCUUGCCCUGUCAAUCCCUAGAAUUGUGUCAAAUUCUUGUUUUUUUUUUGGAAUUUUGUGACCUGGAUUCCAGUACUUUAAGCCAAAUCUCAUAGAACAAAACUAGAGACAGGGGCAAGCUAUGAUGGCGCCAUCUAUGCAAACCUUUGACAGUUGCCAACCCCAUUCGGUUGAGUGCCAUAAUGUAUGUUUUUGUUACCGUUGUACAUAUCACUACCUAAUGUAAUAGUUUAAGUCGAUAUUCCUGCACUAAAUCUCAAUAUAAUGUCUUUAUACACACUCACUUUUAAAAUAUUGAAAUAGUGUAACAUAAUAUAUGCCAUAAUACCACGAUUGUUUAUGUACAAAACUUUAAAAUGACCUGUUAAGUAAAAUUAAGACUAAACGAACUUGCUACAGUUGCUACCUACUUAAAAAAAAUACGGCAGAUUUUUUGUGUAUUUCCACACCUUCUUGACUGGACUAUUGAUAAGUAAACAAUUCCUUAAUGUGCAAUAUUAAUAUUAAUGUAAAGUUAAGGAUGGAUGUAAAAAUUCGAAUUUAAUAAAUGUAAUGAAUUUGAACCUUGAAGCAAUUUACAAUAAAAUGGGCUUUUUACUCUCAUUUAGACUCUGUUCCAUACUUUCUACAGAAUAUGAAGUAAUUGUGUGUGUCUUUUCCAAGCAAAAGUCCAAUUUUAUCGCUUGCCAUAAGGCUGUUUUGACAGGUUAUUCGCAUAAUACAAGCAAAUCUCGUCCUUAUGGUAAGCGACAAAGUGGGACCUUUGACUUCGACACAAUUGAAGAAAUAAUGGAACAAAAUGGAAUUUCCGUUCUCAUGGGGCCGUAGCCAAGAUCACAAUCAGACGAUGAGAACAGAUGGGAAAGAAAAAACGCGUGAUUUCAAUACAUUAUUUAAGUUUCGUCUGGCGUAUUUUAUUAAAUUGACACUUGGUUAGGGCCACUCAUUUGUUCCAUUAACUUUAUUCUAUUCCAUUCGCCAACUUUGUUCCAUUCCAGGAAAUGGAAAGCCCGUUGUCAGAGGAUGCUUUAAACGGUGAUUUCCAUUUAUUAUAUGGAACACUGACAUAAUGGAACAGAAUGUGAGUAUUCCUGUUUCAGAAUAAAUGGAAAUAACCAGUCUAUUAUCUACUACUAGGCCUACACUGAUUUGUUUCUAAAUAUCAAAGAUAUAAUGUAAUAUAUAUUGACUAAAGCGGCAUAUAUUUAUGGAUAAGAGAUAACCAUACAUAUAUGAAGAUAACCGCAGAAAGAUGAAGCGAAAGCCAGCUGUCACCGUAAUCACUUGGUUGGCCAUGUCGAUAAAGUCAUAUCGAUAAACUAUCGAUAUUUCUUACAAUUUAAAUUUUACUUGAAAAAAUAAACUAUACCUAAAAUGAACAGAAAACGCUUUUAUUCUUUAUCGUGGUUAUCAGGUCACGAUUUUAUCGUGACGACACAGGUUGAAACGAACAUAAAUAACUACUAAAAUAUGUUUUCCGCAAGAAUUGAGUUAUUUUAUUAUAUUUUAUGGUAUUUAUUACUUAUCCAUUAGCAUAUCUAUGACGCUUAUUUUUAGUGAAGAUAUCGAAGAUUCGAAGCUUCAAUUAAUCACUAGUCCGUUCCGCUGUGGAGCGCUUAUCGAUAUAUGACUUGAUUAAAAUCGACCAGCCCACAGCCCUAAAAACCCACACAUACACAGCAGUGUAACCACCAAAAUGAGUAUUCAAUUUUGUAUUGAUUCAUUCAUUCCAGUCGGCCAGUCUGUCGGUCAGUCGGCGUUAGUCCAGUGGGACUAUUUCGCCAGUAUCAAGGUAUUAGGAGUUUUAAAUACGACUAAAAUUGGACGGUUAGUGCAUGACAGUGUACGGUGA